AUCGACGAUAAUCAAAACCAUGAAGAUUACCUUAUCAAGCCAGGCUUUCCUGUCGGAAUCAAGCAGGGUGGCAAGUACUACAUCAACAACCACCUCAUCUUCAGCAUAUAUGUGCACCCUACCCAUGGACAGUUUUCCAACUACAGGCAAGAGGCGGAGCGCCUGGCCGCAUCUAGCAUCGAUGGCAGGAGGCUCCUGCUGUCCAAAGAUGAUGUGCGUGGCGUGGACACUGCCUACGUCGAACUGAGCGAUGCCCACUUCUCUGGCAGAUCCCUGCAGCAACUGAAUGAGGGCAAAUAUGCAGACUGGAAUGACACACAGGUGAAGACGUCAAUGUACAUGAUCGUCGGCUUCGAGGUGUAUCCCUGCAGUGUGCGCCACGAUCCCGAUAGCACAGUCGAAGCCGGCAAGCAGUGCCUGGGCGAGCCGGCUGACGAGCAGGAGAUACAAGAGGGCUGA